AUGGCUGCUUCACCUGCAGAAAACGCCGAGUCAAGUGUCUAUACCACCGCCGCCCUCCCUCGUACAUUCACCACUGGCCGUGUCAGUGUCACCCUCGGGAUCUACAGCAACACCGGCUCCAGCACUCCAGAGUCUUGGCCAUUGCACACAAGCGUUGAUCUUUGCAGAUGCUCCAAGACACUGCACAUAUGGCAGGAGGUGCUUCCUCAAAUUGGUUUCCGAUAUCCAUUCGUCUUACAUGCGUUGCUGGGCCUUGCCGCUCUGCAUAUUGCUUACACUUCUCCAACUGAGCGAACUCAGAGUUGGCUAGUUGGCAUGUAUCAUCACAGCGAGGCCUCGACCGGAUUCCGGAAAGAACUUUGCACCAUCACUGAAGACAAUAGCGAAGCAUUAUUUACCUGGUCCAUAUGCAAUGUCCUAUAUGUCUUUGCUACAUCAAAUCCUCUUUACCAGGGUAUAGAUGGAGGCCCUACCGCGUUGACAUCGGCACAGAAGGAGAAGGUCUUAGGUACAGAAUGGAUUCCUAUGAUGCGCGGUUUACAAGCUGUGCUGCAGCCUACCCAUAAUUACUUACGAUUUGGGCGCAUGAAGGCCAUAAUGAGUACGGGGAACUGGGCUGAACUCAACCCAGAACAAGAAAGUCAGGACUCUGAAGAUGUCCACUUCUGCCACGCCCGCGAAUCUUGGAACGAAUCUGACCAUGCCGAGGUCUAUGAGGAGGCGCUUCAGGUCCUCCGGAAAUGCCGGCUUUACUCAUCGCAGUUCCGCGGAAUGGACUCUGAGACGAGAAGCAACUGGGGAUAUAACAAAGAGUGGUCUGCACCUCUGAUGUUUAUUCAUUUUGCACCCGAAUCCUAUUUCUCACUCCUGCGGCAGAGACAGCCGCCAGCUUUGAUCCUGUUUUCGCUCUUUGGAGCACUCCUGCAUAAGAUAAGGAAUUACUGGUUCUUGGAGGGCUGGGGCAAAGAGAUAGUGGAGGUAAUAGCAGAUAUCCUGGGGAGUUACUGGAGAGAAUGGCUGGUUGCUAGCCCAAAGAGGCUACCCAAAGCCUAUCAAUCUUCGCGAAUAAAUGAAGCGACAUACUCGAGACUAGCUUAG